AUGGCUGAUCUCCCCUCGUACCGGUCAGAAUCCCCAUAUUUGCCAUUUGCAACACUUGCGACAAACGAAGAAACGCGCUGCAAUAUGUCCAGAUCUACCUUGUUAUUAACGCUUUUUGUUAUUUCCCAAUCGUUUGUGUCACCUGUCAUCUCGACCAAUGUCCCAGACCAAGCACAAAUCAUUGACCAAAGGGUAUUCAAUGUUUUGAACAACACUCGGCCGCCCGCCGAGUUCAAUGCAACAAAUGUCUUUGUACCCCCUGGCUCAACAGGGGACAGUCUCACCGAGCGGCCUUUCCAUGUAUAUGACGAAGAAUUUUUGAAAAUCAUCGGAAAGGGUCCAACAUUGACUCGAAUUGCACACUCCUCGAAGGACCCUCUAUUUCAUGAGGCUGUCGUGUGGUCGAGAGAAACCGAUGAGGUGUUCUUCGUUCAAAACGCAGGUGCCAAGAACGCAAGCACGGGUUUGAAGAAGUCGGCAAUCAUUGAAAAGAUUUCUCUGGCACAAGCCGCUGCUGUAUCCGACAAGACAGACGCUGUGGGUCUCGUCAAUGUCACUACUGUUCCAUCGUUACCUAUGGUUGUCAAUCCGAAUGGUGAAAUCAACCCCAAAACAAGAAAUCGCUCACUCAUAUUCACGAGUGAAGGCCAAGGAGACGACAAGCCCCCUGGCCUGUCUGUCGUUAACCCCAAAAAGCCAUACAACUCAACCGUCAUUCUCAACAACUACUUUGGCCGCCAAUUCAACUCUCUCAACGAUGUAGCGAUCCAUCCGAAGAACAAAGAGAUUUACUUCACCGACACAAUCUAUGGCUGGGUCCAAGAUUUCCGUCCGGCCCCUGGCCUCCAAGACCAAAUCUACCGAUUCAACCCCGACACUGGUGCAGUGACAGUUGUAGCAGAUGAUUUCGAUCAUCCGAACGGCCUUACUUUCUCUCCUGAUGGCGAUUACGCAUACAUUACCGAUACUGGAAUCUCGAACGGCUUCUUUGGCAUGAACUUCACCCGCCCGGCUUCUGUCUACAGAUAUGACGUGAAGGAAGAUGGCACGUUCGAAAAUCGCAAGCUGUUUGCUUUUGUCAACUCCGGUGCACCAGACGGUAUUCAUUGCGACUCCUGGGGUAAUGUCUAUGCCGGCUGUGGUGAUGGUGUUCAGGUUUGGAACCCAUCUGGUAAGCUCCUCGGCAAGAUCUAUGUUGGAGCCACUUCGGCGAAUUUCAAUUUCGCUGGAAAGGGCAGAAUGGUCAUUUGCGCGGAGACAGAUCUAUACUAUGCAACCCUGGCAGCGGGAGGCAACUAUGUCGAUAGUGAGAUGUGA